UAGUUGUGGGAGGAAGUGGAAGAAAUGCACGGCGGGAAUAUUAGUAGCAAASAAUACAGCGUUCAGUGAUGUUUGUGCUAUAAAUAUAAAAUUGGUGUUUGUGUGGCAACUUUAUAAGUCAUAACAUCGAACUAACAUAACGAUAAAGCAUGAGCGGCGCCGCGCACCUGGAGGACUGGCAGCGGAGGUCCUUUGACAUUUCGUCUGGCAGCUGCACACCUGAACAGAAGGCCGACGCCUACCGGGCUCACAUCCUGUCCAUUCAGUAUGCAUCGGCAGGCGCCCAGCUCUCUCAGGCCGCCGCCGCCGGGCUGCUCGGGACCUACGCCGAGCUCUACGCCGCCGUGCUGGACUCGGACGACCCGCGCUCGGGGCUCAACAACUACGCGGAGAGCGCGCUGCACCUGGCCCGCGGUCAGAGGAACCUCAGCGACAAGUGGGAGUCGUCGCUCAGCGAGGAGAGCGUGCUGCGGACCCCCUCCGUGCAGAGGAUGAUUCAGGCAAGUGCGGGCAGCGAGGGGCUCGGCGUGGCACCGGCAGAUGUUGACGUAGCCGUGGGACAGGAAUGCARAGUCGGCCCCCGCCUUAUUUCCUGUCCCACCGCCAGGUCAGAGACCGCGUGGUUUAGAGCUGCGGACAGCACCGCCAGCAAUCUAACUAAUAUAUCAGCCGAGAGACCCGGGGUCUCUGCCGGGGGCUCGGGGGGUCCAGACUCAAUCUGUCCACCUCCAGUUCAAACACAGUCUGUGUUCAGACAUUUUUCCUCAGCUUUACCGCAAGGGAACGGUUUCCCUCCAGGACAAAACCUUCAGACCCCCUUAUUCCCCUCCUCCAACCCGUCUAAACGGAAGAACUUCUACAACCAGGACAGUGGAAGGGGCCAACACGGAGGCCGAGGAAACACCGGAUCCACCUUCCGGUCGGCCCGAGAGCAGUUCCUCKUCGACCAGCAGAGGAAACAUUCCUCUCAGUCCUGCAGAGCUCCGCCCCCUGCCGCCGCCGCGUUGGUGAAGAAAUCUCUGGGGGCCAACCGGCCUCGCGGCGCCUUUUCUAAGUUCGUGUCGCCCGUCGCUCGUCAGGAGGAGGAAGACGGCGCGGCGGGUCGGCAGUCCACACCCGAAGUCCUGGACGAGCGCCUGAAGAACUUUGAGCCGAAGAUCGUGGAGCUGAUCCUGAGUGAGAUCAUGGACCACGGGCCUCCGGUGGUCUGGGACGACAUCGCGGGUCUGGAGUUCGCUAAGACUACCAUCAAGGAGAUCGUGGUCUGGCCCAUGCUGAGACCAGAUAUCUUCACCGGUCUGCGAGGACCCCCCAAGGGCAUCCUGUUGUUCGGCCCCCCAGGCACCGGGAAAACCCUGAUCGGGAAGUGCAUCGCCUGUCAGUCGGGAGCCACGUUCUUCAGCAUCAGCGCCUCGUCGCUCACGUCCAAGUGGGUGGGYGAGGGCGAGAAGAUGGUGCGGGCGCUGUUCGCCAUCGCCCGCUGCCACCAGCCCGCCGUCAUCUUCAUCGACGAGAUCGACUCRCUGCUGUCCCAGAGGACGGACGGUGAGCACGACUCGUCCCGCAGGAUCAAGACGGAGUUCCUGGUCCAGCUGGAUGGCGCCGCCACGGCGGCGGAGGACCGCAUCCUGGUGGUGGGCGCCACCAACCGCCCCCAGGAGAUCGACGAGGCGGCCCGCCGGCGCCUGGCAAAGCGGCUGUACAUCCCGCUGCCCGGAGCGGCCGCCCGGCGCCAGAUCGUCACCAACCUGAUGGUCCGGGARAAACACGGACUGACGGAGGAGGAGCUGCAGAGCGUGGUGAGCGCCUCCGACGGCUUCUCUGGCGCCGACAUGACGCAGCUCUGCAGGGAGGCCGCCCUGGGGCCCAUACGCAGCAUCCAGCUGUGCGACAUCACCACCAUCACCGCCGACCAGGUCCCACCCAUCCUCUACUGCCACUUCCUGGAAGCUCUGAAGACCGUGAGACCCAGCGUGUCCAGCAAGGACCUGGAGCUGUACGAGGACUGGAACCAGACCUUCGGCUGUGGACGUUAGACGUUUAUUARGCUCCGCUUGAAGGUCGCUGACCUCUGAGAACAGAAAACAGAUCAGUGACUCCGAUGUUAAAUAUUAUUGAAAACUUAAGAGUUCAGUUACUUUAUGAAACUUAUUGUUCAUAUGUUCUACAGCGGAGCUCAGUUAUAAACUCUGUUUUCUGAUUAUUCUUUAAAUAAACUAAUAAAAUCUGACAAACACAAA